AUGGCCUUUCAGACGAUGGGAGAGUGCAUGGUGUGCGGGAAGGAGACGAAGAACCGGUGCUCGGCGUGUGCAAAGGCAGGACUCGACCUCUUCUUCUGCUCGCCGGAACACCAGAAACUCGUCUGGUUCGGCCACAAGCUCGUGUGCGGGCAAAACGCCUUCCCUCUCGUCCUCCCGCUACUUUCAGCCGACGAACUAGACGUUGCGCUUCGAGAUCUGGACAAGCCAAUGCUCGACGCGUUCGAUGGUGGCACAGAUGUGAAAGUCAGCGCCCUUUCCUCGGCGAAGUUGUGCACCGGAAAGUCACGCGAAGAGAUUGUGGCUGACAUGCGCUACGCCUCGACCACGGCAUCUCCUCACGCGCCUGUUCGAGCCCGCAGCACGCAAGUCACCCUUCUAUUAGCUCGCCUGGCCUGUCCCGUCGGUUACACGCGUUCCCCUCGCGACGACCUCCUCUCUAGUUGGGCUCGACAUCAAACUCGCUUGAUCAACGACGAACUGCUCCCGAUCUUCAUGACGGACGCCUCGGUGGAACAAACGGUGCUUGCGCACCGCUUCUUCUGCAUGUUGGCACUCCCGCAGACGGAGGCGGCACGCUCGCUCAAAGACAAGACCGUGGAGGACGAUAUCGCUUCCCUCUGCAGAGAUAGUGUGAUCCGCUUCGCCCGAGCUCACUUCGGUCCCGCCGCACUCGAAGGACACCUCACCAAGCCCACCGCCUCUGGUGCGAAGUGA